AUGGCGCCUAAUAACCUCUGUCAAGUAGAAUCCAAUCCCUUCAGUACCACGAGUGACCGUGGUGAACUGGUACGAAUCAUAAAACAAAAUGGCGUCGUUUGCAAGUCGAUCUUUACGAAGUGCUUCUCGAAUGAUUUUACAGGUAAAUUUAAGUUCCUUUUUUAGUUUUUGAGUUAUUAUAUUAAAAUUUGCUUUCUUUUUUAAGACGACAGGUUCGCAAGGUGGACGAAUUUCAUCGCAAGGUACAAUAAACGGUAUGAUGUAUUCGCGUUUGCACGUGUGCUUUUAACUUAUAAAGGCGUUGAGCUUAACUUAUAUAAGCUUGAUAAUACAUUAGUAGAAUUUAACGGCUCACACUUUCAUUUUUCUAAAUGUAUAAAAUUAAUAGUCUGCCUAUUAACGAAAUUUAUUGCAGUAAAUCAAAAUUGUAAUGUUUAAUGCAUCGGACUCAUACUAAACGUCAACAUCGGUUAGCCUGUGUACAGCCGCCCCUUACCUCAAAAAAAUCGGAAAGGAGCUCCUUUCCGAUUUUUAUGAGGUAAGGGGCGGCUGUACACAGGCUAACAUCGGUUGGUGUAUCUUGGAAUGCUCCAUUCACAGGUCACCCAAGUUCCGGGGACCAUAGGGACCUUUCCUGUUAGAUAAUAAAUUAUUUAUACGGGAGCAGUACUAUCAUUUAUGAGACUGUGUGAGAAAUUUUGAUUGUACUAAAAAUUUUAAGCGAUUAGUUUUCUUUUGAAUUUUCAUUAUACCUUCAUUAGUUUUGUGCAUGAUAUGUGUUCACCUGCUUCUGGUUGCUGGUCACAUUGCUUGUAUUUGUUUUAAUAGCCUCUGAGCAGGCUCAUUUGUGUGCGAUUGCAGGGAAAAUUUUAGCAGUGGAGUCACCAGCAUGAGCUGGCAAAUGGGGUAAGGUCAAGUGUUGCAUAACUAUCUUUGUACAUUUUUUACUAGCUGUUAGAAGACACUGCAAACUACAAAGUAUUCAAGCUCUUCACCAAGCAGCUGGUGUUAGUUUGUGAGUAUCUUCCUCAGUAUCCUGCUUAGCAGUUGCACAUGCGGAUCUAGGAUAAAUACUGACUGGUUCCCUAAAUGAGUGCCAAAGGCGCAAGCCUGUCGGGGGUCCAUAGGGAAUUUUUGGGAUUUUUACUCCCUAAAGUCUUCUUUCCUGGGUUUCUGAGUCGGCAUUUAGACGGGACAUUGGCCAGUUUCAUUCUCCCCUCAGAUGAAGGCUUGCAAAUUGGGAGAUUGUUUCAUCUUUCGAUUUCAACUUGGAAAUUUUCUUAAAUUUAAGAUAUGUCUAUUAUGAAAAAUCUGACCGAUUUCUGUAGAAUGGUGGAAACCUGUGUGGAUUAGGGCCUGAGUUGUUUCUGUUUCCUUUUAACCAAGCAGGAGAAACAUAGGUAACACACAAGAGAAGGAGGAAAAAAAACUGAACAAGCGGGGGUGCCCCUUCCCCUCACUCCUGCUUUUUUUCCCUUGCCUUCACAUGUCUUCUGCACUUUUCCUGUGUGAUUAAAAGGAGACAGAAACUUAUGCUAUACAAACUCUUUCUUCAGCUGAUAUAUUUAAACUGCCUUGUGCUGCCUUGUCUUGGCCUCUUCUCAAAGGGUCAUUGAACCAUUAUUCCCAAAUCUUUUUUUGGUCAUUCAAAUAAAUUUGAUCCAUGUUUCCUGGGAAAAUUUUUUAAUUGAUCCAUUCUUUGUCAUAUUUUUCCAGAGCAAAGCAAGCCCAAAAGCAGUUUGUUGUCAGUAUAUCAAGAACAGUCGCCUCUUGCACUCUCAUAACUACAGGUGAGGUCAAAAGCUACAGUUCUAAUUCAGUUGAAGUGCUCCAGGCAAUAAUUUUGCAGUGUUUUUUGCUCGUUUUUUAAAGUUUGAAAUUGUACAAAAGUAACUUAAUUUUGAGGUGUGACCAUUUUUUCGUUCACUAGUUCCCACUUUGUUUUUGAGAAAUAACCUUUGGAGAACCUUCUAUCUUCCUAGUGCCUUUUUUUUUGCUCAACCAAAGAAGGAUAGGUUCUGGCAAUGUCUUAAGCUCUUUCCAGGAAAAAAAUGCAAUCAGAUUUCUUGGUAAUAAUCUAUUAUUGUCUGGACCUUACAUUUUAACAGUCAGUUUGACUCAAAAUUAAUCCAUCUGAAAUAUUAUUAUUUUUAGUGAGGUAUAGGGGAGGGGAGGACAGGGAGCCCAGGAGAAUAGGAGGCAGGACAGGGGGAGGGGUAUGGGAGGCGGGAGACGAAAGGGUGCGAGGUGGGAGUUCUAAAAGGCUGGGAAGUGGGAGAAAUAGGGGGAAUUAUGCACAACUCUUAAUAUUUUGCAGUCGAAAAAGGGGCUAAAGGGAGGAAGUCAAGAAAAACAGGCAUGGGAGCCAGGAAUGCAAGCUAUGGGAGGCAUGACGUUUGGACAACCCUGGCCCCAUCUCCAUACCAUAGCAUUUUAUCCAAAGAACGAAGAAGUUAGAAUUAUUUUGUCUGCCCUGUAAACUUUUUUCAUGCUAUAAUAAAUUAUUCUCCUUCAGCUGCCCCACCCAGUGCAAGUGUAUCCUUAUGUGGUGCUGGAAUUAGCUCUGAUUUAAUGGAGGGCUCAUCGGGUGAUGAUGAUGGACUAGUGAUCGAGGCGCGGAAACAUCUGGAUGACUUAUGA